AUGAAGAGAGUUCCCGAGCCCCGCUAUGCGAUCAAGACCAGGGCAGACACCGAUGUAUUGGAUGAUGGUUACAAGUGGCGCAAGUAUGGACAGAAGGCAGUUAAAAACAGUCCUCAUCCCAGAAACUAUUACAGGUGUGCGACACCGAACUGCCCAGUUCGCAAACGCGUGGAGCGCUGCAUCGAGGAUCCGGGACUGGUGGCCACUGCCUACGAAGGCACACACUCCCACCAGUUUCCGAGUUUCCUCAGAUGCCCUCCAGGAUACCCGGGAGGAUUACCGGGGCUUUUGGCCACCCUGAGCCACCACUACAGCAUGGCGAGUAAUCCGGCGCUGGAGCCAUCUUUCUCAAGUCACAGCCCCUUUAGUUUGUCGGAUCUUCUGUUCAGAUCAUCUAUGCUGUUGCCGCACGAACAAUCACAAGACCUAGCUUCUCUUCGCUCCAGCUUGAAUCUGCUUCGAGCUCAUGAGCUGCUUAGAUUAUAGCAGGAGGCCGCCUGGGCGUCUAUUUAGUCUCAGCCCAUUCAGUUCGGAGCUCACGACCUCAUGAGCAGACACCGAGAAGGUCUGCUGACCAAUUUCCCUCGCUCAAGUUUCUCGAACGUGAGUGCACUGUCAAAUCAGAGCCAGUUCUUGCGACUCAGUUUCUUCAACACCAGAGCAGCAGGGUGGCUUUCACUUAGAUUACAAUUCCUUGAUUAGUGGCGCAGCAGCAUUUGCUCCAGAGCAGCCGUUCGUUCCAAGACCAGAAUACUUAAACAGAUCUUUUACUGCUCAUAGUGCAGCACUUAGUCGAGAAUUGUCUGUAUCAACGGACGAAGGUCUCUCGGAGGAUAUGCUUAGACCCACAAAUCCCACCACUUCUAGAGCUUGAACUUAUCCAAAACCUCAGGCUCAUUGUAUUUUUGUACAUCCCAAUUUCAGUCAAACUCAGACGGUGUUUUGGUA